AUGAACAUAUUCAGACCAAUUAACUGGCACUUAAAGAUGGAUUUUUCGUGGGUUUUCAUCUUCCUUGCUUCUGUACACAUUUGUGGUCACGUAGGUUGUGUGGAAACCAGAGGAGGCACAGAAGGAAGAUACGCAGGAUCAAGUUCCGUUCGACUUGACGUUGCAAAGAAGCCCAGUGUUAGAUAUUUUGAUUCUAAAGAUGUGACUGUUGGUGGACUGAACUUUAAAGAGUAUGAGCCAAAGCUUAACGUCAAUGUGACUGCAGUUCUUCAUUCUUCCUCCACCCUGCUGAACAUAGAAGCUCCACGCCGACUUAAGAAUGUCCAAAUUUCUGACCAAGAGGGUGUAAACCUGCUGGUGAUAACGACAAACGGCUAUGGAUCCGACGAGAAACUCUUCUUUGAGUUCCGGGACACGGACUAUGUAAGUAUUUCAAAGGGAGCAUUUGAGAGCAGAAUAGAGAAGUUGAAGCUACCAGAAGGUGCUCAAACUACCAAGGAAUCCCAGAGCAUUACUGCAUUUGACCUUGAAAAUACAAGCAUGAACAGUUUACGUAUCAUUAAAGAUAGUUUCAGUGGCAUAAGUAGUGUUUCAUACAACCUCAAAACUCCAGUCAGGACUGUUCGUUCUAAUGGUACUGUCAUUUGGUUUGGAAGUGAUGGUACAUGCUCACUUGUGGAGACAUUUUCAGAUGGCAAGGAGACUCUGCUCAAGAUACUUGUGAAGACGGUGUUACUCGCUGGUCAGACACCUGAUGAAACUUACGCAAUGUACUUUAUAACUACGGGCGAUAAUAAAUGGAGGAGAAUGUACGAACAGGAGUUUGAUGAGGGACUGGAGAAUAUGAAGGUAGAGGGCGUGGAAGGCUCCAAUGGUUCCAUAGAGUUGGAGGAUACAUUCUCAGUUCUUCAGCUCACUCAUGUAGUUGAAUGA